AUGUGGACACUCUGGCGCGCCUCCGCCGGCACAACAGAGUGUUUGCAGCUCGAACAGCAGAAUCUCUGUGGCCAUACUCAACAUCAAACAUCGCAAGGCUUGCCACCAUCAGCAGCAGGCCUAGUCCUGACGCUGGUGCUCGAGGAGAAAUUGCCUAACUUUGCAAAAGCUCUAGAAGCCCUACUGUCACGAAUUGUCAAGCUCGAAGAGCUGCGUACAGUGACUCGACUAUGGUUUCCUGGUAGUAGCCUGCAUAAAUUACCGGCCUGGGCGACCAACGACGAACCACUAUCUCGAGGCAACAUCUCAACAUCUACAAAUGCCGCAAGCAAUGUAACUACGAACGAAAAGCGAGGCCUGAAGAGUCGGAGAAAGCACAAGAAAACGGAUGAAAGCAAAGCGGAACCAAAAGUGACGACCGCCGCUUCACAACUAGCAUCCAUACAAGCACACGAGGGCCGCAAAAGAAACAAAGGUGGACUAGCGCUCGCCGGGCUCUCUGAGAGGGUCCGCAGCAUCGAAGGAUUGUAUGCUUUGCGCAUAGUCAUUCUUACCAUUGCACUCGGAGUUCCCGCUGUCAUCCCAUCAUCAGCAGGCUUUUUCUAUCGCGAGAAAGGCCUCUGGGCGCUGAUCAUGGCCCAGACCGGCACUGCCCCAUACACCUCGGACUUUGUUGUUGGGUUAAUCCUUAGAUGCGGUGCCACCGUGCUUGGUGGCGUGAUUGGUAUGGUAGCCUGGUAUGUUGGUGCUGGGGAUGGGCCCGGCAAUCCUUACGGCAUUGCGGCGAUCAUGGCACCCAUCCUUGUCGUUCUGAUGUGGCUUCGCCUCCACUUACCGCCUGUGGCCACACAGGCUGUUCUGAUCGGAACAGCAACUUGCUAUCUUGUGGUCAGCUACUCCUGGGUCGACACGCACAGCCCGAGUUAUGGCGACCCAGGUGUCGGCUAUACUGUCUUCUGGCGACGGACGCUACUGGUCCUCGUCGGUUUCACUGCAUCAGCAAUCCUAACACUCUUCCCUACGCCACCAUCCGCAAAUCGCCAACAUCGUUUACUCCUCGCCGAGGGUCUUGCAACAUCCAAGAACCAGUACAGUCUCCUCACAGCUAAUUGUAGGACACCGCUACCAGACCUGAGAAAAGUCGUGGAGAGAGUCGCGAUUGAUAAUGCCAAGAUGCUCCAGGAAGCUGAACCAAGCAUCAAAAUGAGUCGAUUCGCAUACUCGUCGUCAAGCUUUGACGCGAAAUCUUUGGCCCUCAUAUGCCGACUCUGCCAAACUCUCGAUCACUCAAUCACACAGCUUCUCAUAUAUGCACCUAUGCUGCCAGAAGACCUGACAGCUCGCUUUAUCAGUGCGACCAGCAUUUUGAAUGAAAAGCUUGUCGCGGAUGUGAUGGCGGCGCUCAGCCUGAUGCAGCUAACACUCGAGACUAGGGCUCCUCUUCCGGCAACCAUGCCUUUCCCACUACACUUACGCUCCUUGGAGUCUGUACAGGCUCGAUACGCAGGUGACAUGGAUGCUGCUGUGAGCCUCAACAGGGAUUUGCUCGCUCAGGAAGGCGCGCGAAAAUAUUGCUCCGCCAUGACUGCUUGGGUCCAGUUCUUGCGCACGAUUGAUGAGUUGGUCAUGGUGGCGAAGGCUGCUGUAGGAGAGACUGGCCUUUAUACUCAUAGUCAAGUUGAGAAUAUGGCAGUGUGA